UUUGUAUGGUUAAUAUUACAGGGUAUCCGCGGGGCAUUGAAAAGCAUUAAAAGUCAUUAAAUGGAUUUUGUGAAAAUCAAGGCCUUGAAUGGCAUUGAAAAGCAUUAAAUUUCAUUUAUACAGGCAUUACAUUUUUUAGAUAGUUUUGAAAAAAAACUACCAGUUUAUUUUGAAUAAAGCCUAAAUAAUUAAUGAUUUGCUGUUGCAAAAUAUGUACAUUGGUGUGAUACGCACACGGAACCAGUUUGGUAAUUGCCUCCGGCCGGUGCGAAAUUGCCAUAACGCCGGUUUAGACAGCGGCGGGCUGGGAACUGUAGACAGAAGGCUGCAUCAGUGUUGCCAACUUAGCGACUUUUCAGGCCCCUUUUGCGACUUUUUUUCCUAAGAAAGCGUGUUGUGACAAAUACAGCGACUUGUUAACCUGAUCUAGCGUCCGAGACCCCCUGGUACAACCGCACGAGCACGAGAUUGCUUUUCUGCCGCAGGCGCAGGAAUUCGUUCCGCCUUUCUGGUUCAGCAUUGAGGAUGUGCGCUCAGUCAGAGAACAAAUAAAAUAGAUAGGCCUACUAUUGCUUCUAACCUGAGUGAUCAUUUUACGUGUACAUAUAGCUAAAAUCACUGCAAAUGUCUAUUUUAUGUGUAUGGUGAUUUUGUCAGACAACAUCUCGAUUAGGCUAUAAAUCAGGAUUUUAGUGCUGGUUUAACACGUCAGGGCUCGAACUUUACUCUCCCGACCGGACAAGGACCUUAUUAAAAAGUCAAUACCAAAAAAAACAAACAAACAAACAAACAAAACAAACUUGGUAAUCACCAAAACGGGAGUAUGAAAUAUUUUAUUUCAUUUAGUGUUAGUGGCGAUCCAUAGUGGAUAAUAAUAGGCUGUAUAAUGUACUGACGAUAACAGUGUUGCGCUGUUGAGGCUCGCGCAGCAUCUCGAGGAGAAAUGGAAACAUGAGCAAAGCACACAAAAAGAAACUUGGUUAAACAUACUGCAGUAAAAAUUCAAAAUGUGGAGUUUACUGGUAAGUAAUAUCACACGACCUGUUUUGCUAAAUAGGCUACCAUCACGAUUAAAAAUGUGACACUGAUUUCAUACAACAGUUCAGUUAACAAAUAAUUAAUAUUAAGCCACUUACAUUUUAGAAGGAACAUUGACUGUUUUUGUUCUAUUUUAGCACCAAAAAUCGUUUCAAACAAAGUUCACAGCAGUACUACCAAAGCGCAACUCUCAGCCUUGUUUUCAUUACUGAUUCAGCGUUUUGAACGAAUCGGUUGAGUCAAAGAUUAAAUGACCCAUUCAUUCUUGAAUGAAUCAGCCAUUGGAAUGAAUCAUUUGAAUGAAUGAAUCAGUGACACUCACUUAUUAAGAUGGUUACUUGACGCCACCUAGUGGUGGUUUAGUUUCAUUUUUAAAAUAUAAUUUCCCCUCUAACAUUUCUUAUUUGUAUUUUCAAAAAAUAUUUUAAAAAAUUCCAUAACAUUAUUUAAUGCAGUUGUAAUCAAUCAAAAAUAUGCAGAUUUACAUACGUCAAAGCUGCAAUAUUCUGAAAGGAUAUUGCUUCAGAACAAAUUUGUUUCUACCAAAAACAAAAAAAAAAAUUCCGGACAAACUACUGUUUUGCUCGUACAAGACAAAAUAUAUAGAUGAAACAAUUUUAUUGGGAGUUUGGCUUAAAAUAUAUUAAGUGAGCAAAAGUGUAGCAGCAGAGAAGCAAACAAAUGUAAAGGGCUGACACUUGGCAGAAUGCGAAUGCAACAAUGACAUGAUGAAGUUUCUAAUUGCCGUAUGUCGUCAUCUAUCGACAUUUAGCGGCAUAUAUAUAUGGCAUUAAAAAAAUAAAAAAUUGCCAUUAAAAAGGCAUUAAAAAGCAUUAAAUUAGAUUUGAUGAAACCUGUAGAAACCCUGUAUUAAUGUAACUGUCAGCUCACUAAGGUUUAAAAAAAAAAUUCGGCCCGUACAACCUAAAAUGAGUUUGACACCCCUGCUAUAGAGUAAAUGCUGUGUCUGAAGUGUGUGGAGGAGGAGGGUUUGAUAGAGGCAUGUGUUCAGUUCUACCUUCAACACCACAACCAGCUGCUUUCUGUCUCAGUGCCGAUGUGUUUUUUUAAAGCGUGGAAUUGAUCAAGUUCACAAGAUGUACAACGGACUUCUAUUUUUGAUUGUCAUAUGCAGUGUGACCGGGUUCAACAAUCAAAUAUCUCCAGUGAAGCAUUUCACCAAGGAUGAUCCACUCUUUGGGCAAACCGUUAUUCAAUCAAAAGAUCGAGUUUUUGUUCCUUCCCCAACAAAUGGAAAAUGUUUCAGCUGCACUCCAGAGGAUGAAUGCGUCAAAGUAAAUUUUAACGAUGAAAAACCAAAAGGCCUGAGACCUGCAUCUGUAGCUUCUAGCCUGAUGUCAGAAGAGGAGCGCCUUGUGAUGUGUAAUCAAGUUCACAUGAAGGAGUCAGUAACUGAGGAUCUGAAUGGAAAUUGCCAACUGAUGAAUCCCAUUGGGAAAGGCAAACUGAAUCCUGCUAAAUUAGUUUUAAAUCAAAUGGAGAAAAAAAACACCAGUAACAACAACAACAACAACAACAAUUAUCGAGGUGGAAGGAUCGACCAAGGUAAACUGAGGAUGAGAAGAGACACCCAUCCAGACAGUGAAACCAAAACAGCUGAGGAUGAUGACGAUGCUGGGGCAGAGAUUGCUUUUGUGCUGGAUGGCUCUGAUAGCAUUCAACCAGAUGACUUUCAGAGAGCCAAAGAUUUCAUCUACAAUUUUAUGUUAAAUGUUUGGAAAGCAUGUUUCAAUUGUAACUUUGCAAUAGUGCAAUACGGCAGUAGCAUCAGGACAGAGCUCUCACUUCUAGAAAAUAAGGAUCGUGCCAGAGCCUUGCAAAAGGUCAAGAAAAUACAGCAAAUUUUCAAUCUCACCAACACUGCCUCUGCCAUCCAUCAUGUCCUGUGAGUUUACAAAUUAUGAUGUGAAAUACUAGACAUCACUUUUGUUGGUAUUAAUGUUAUUGUCAGGGUCUCAAUGGUUUCAUUGGUUGUUUGCAGCACAAAUGUUUUCAUCCCUGAGAAUGGAUCCAAAAAAAACUCAAAAAAAAUUAUAAUUGUAUUG